GCUUUCCAUCAUGAGGGGCCGUUGCUCUCAAAAACUCAGUGUGCUGGCCAAGGCUGGCUUCCUGCUCUGGGUGCUGUGGCUGGGCUACCUUCUGUUAGAAAGCUCCUCGUUCCCCUCCUCUUCCUCCCCAGAGCAGGAAGACGAGGGCCGCGAUGUCGUGGCGAGGCAGCUCUCCCUGGAGGAGUCCGGGGUGUACGGGCAGCUGGCGAGGCCCCUCUACGUUAAGCCGCCACCGGACCACAAUGCACCGGGGGAGAUGGGUCGGGCCACACACCUCAACCUCGGCGCCGAGGAAAAGAAACAGGAGGAGGACAGCGUGGAGAGCUAUGCGAUCAAUAUCUAUGUCAGUGACAAGAUCUCCCUCCAUCGGCACAUCCAGGACCACAGGAUGAAUGAAUGCCGAAAUAAGAAGUUUGACUACCAGCGUUUACCCACAACCUCCGUGGUCAUCGCCUUCUACAACGAGGCCUGGUCCACCCUGCUGAGGACAGUGCACAGCGUGCUGGAGGCCACGCCCGCCAUCCUGCUGAGAGAGAUCAUCCUCAUUGACGACUACAGUGACCGAGGCUACCUGAAAUCCCAACUAGCUGACUACAUCAGUAAUCUGGACCGCGUGCGGCUCAUCCGCACCAAAAAAAGGGAGGGUCUGGUCCGGGCCCGGCUCAUUGGGGCCACCUACGCUACCGGGGACGUUCUGACGUUUCUGGAUUGCCACUGUGAGUGUGUCCCCGGUUGGAUUGAGCCUCUGCUGGAAAGGAUCGGCGAGAAUGCCGGUACCAUUGUGUGCCCCGUGAUCGACACCAUCGACUGGAACACCUUUGAGUUUUACAUGCAAACAGACGAGCCGAUGAUCGGAGGUUUCGACUGGAGACUCACCUUUCAGUGGCACUCAGUCCCCGAAGUGGAACGCAAGAGGCGCAAGUCUCGCAUCGAGCCCAUCAGGUCUCCGACAAUGGCGGGUGGUUUGUUUGCUGUGAGCAAGGCCUACUUUGAGCACCUGGGCACAUACGACAUGGGCAUGGAGGUGUGGGGAGGAGAAAACCUGGAGCUCUCCUUCAGGGUGUGGCAGUGCGGGGGCAGCCUGGAGAUUCACCCCUGCUCUCACGUGGGCCACGUGUUCCCCAAAAAGGCCCCUUAUGCACGGCCCAACUUCCUCCAGAAUACCGUACGAGCUGCGGAGGUUUGGAUGGACUCCUAUAAACAGCACUUCUACAACCGGAAUCCCCCAGCCAAAAGGGAGACCUAUGGGGAUAUCUCGGAGCGGCUGCUGCUGAGGGAGAGGCUGACAUGCAACAGCUUUGACUGGUAUCUGAAGAAUAUCUACCCGGAACUCCAUGUUCCUGAGGACAAGGAGGGCUGGCACGGGGCUGUGCGAAGUUUAGGAGUAAACACGGAGUGCCUGGACUACAACUCCCCAGAGCACAAUCCCACAGGUGCCCACCUCUCUCUGUUUGGCUGCCACGGCCAGGGAGGCAACCAGUACUUUGAAUACACGACUCGAAAGGAGAUCCGUUUCAACUCGGUGACAGAGCUGUGUGCCGAAGUGACCGAGGGACAGACCUCCAUCAGUAUGAGUCACUGCCCCAGUGACGGAGAGCUCAAACCUCCCAGUAUCACCUGGGACUUCAGAACGGACGGGACCGUCUACCACCCUCACUCCGACAUGUGCGUGACAGCCUACCGCACGGCAGAGGGCCGCACGGACACUCAGAUGAGGCGGUGCACCCCAGGAGACAAAAACCAGCAGUGGAAGUUUGAGUGGUAGGAGAAGGAAGUAGCAGGGAACCUCAAGUGACCUUCGUUCACCAUAGUGCAAUUAACUACAGAGGAUGUCCUCCAGCGGGGAUGGCUGAGCAAAUGAAAGGUGGUGAAACAGUCACUUUAAGCCAAUGAGUCGCCCAAUUCAGAGCUUUUGUAGCCGUUUGAGUGACUGAAUAAGUGCAGGUCGUGGCAGAAUGAAUGAGAAUUGCAAGGCGAGGCUUAUUUUGACUGCCUGAACUAGUGACUUUUACUUUUUUAUGUUGCUUCAUCCAAGUGCCUCUGCAACCAAAAUGGAGUGAAGGGCACAUCUGAAGUGUCCUUAUUGUCUCUAAUGCAACAACUUGAAAGCAGUUGAACUGAUUCGACUGUCCCAGCACACGAAGAAGUGUCUUUCAAGGAGGCCGACGUAUUUUCUAGAAAAAAAUGACACGCAAAAUCAUGCUGCACUAUGAAAUGUUACCUUGAUGUGCAAUUAAGAUGAAUUAUUAUUGUUGAAUGAAUAAUGUUUGUGAAGUUGUCAAAAAAAACAGUUUUAAAGACGGGCUGCUCAGAAGACGUGCCAGGAAUGUUCGGUCAGCAGCAUUCAGCCACAAACCAGCUACUUCCCGACAUGCUUCAUCAUGUGAGGGGGAAACGGAGAAGAGAGCGCUGCGGUCACACUAGACCGUGUCUCAAUUCUAUCUCGUGUCUGCGGAGCCAGUUCCAUGGUAGAAUGCUGCCCGGACAAGACCUGAAGCAUUCGUUAAGCGUUUGCACUAAGUGCAAUUUGCCCCAGAGGGCUUAGUGGGAUGACAGGAAUGUUUUUUUUUUUUUUUUUUUUUUUUUUUUUAUCUAUUCUUCCCUGUUGUGUAAAAUCAAGAAGACCCUCUAAACUCAUCUGUCACUGUGCCUUGAAAGGUUGUCAAAAAAAACAGUUUUUUACCGAGAUGAAAUGUGCCAGAGAAUGUCGAAUGUAUUUAGAAAUGUGUUUAAAUGCUAAAAACUAAAACACUGUCUUGAUGCAUUUGAUUUUUAUUUUGACACAAAAACCCUUAAAAGGGAGAGCCAUUUUUAAUUCAAUCGUUCCACUUGCCAGUGCCGGACUGUUUUAAGACUCCUGUGUGUAAACCGUACUUGAAGCAGCAUCCAUAAAACACUCCUGUUGGUUUUUCUGCUGGGAUUCAAUGACCACGAGGUUCAUAGUAACUGUUGUGGAAAUGUUUGUCGAAAUUGCAGCUGAAUUUGCCGAAGACUGCUUAUCGCUGUUUGGCGUCUGUGGUCCUUUUUGAAAUCAUGAAAACGAGACAUUCAUACUAGUCAGUGGAUACAGGAGGUGAACAUGUACCAUGACGCCUGUUUGGUGUUACCUUUGUAAAUAAUGUUUGUUUUAAGGGACCAAAGUGGGACAGUGCACCUUUUUAAAACUACUGAUAAUGCAAAAGGGAUGGGGACGAUGAUGAUUAUUUGAUAUGAAGAAGAGGGUGACUGGAAAUGAGAUGGAUGUUUAAAUGAUGAUAAAAGCUGUUGGGAUGAUUGAGAGAAUUAAAAAAAACUAACCACA